AUUAUAUUGAGUGAGAAUAAAAGAAACAAGCUCAUUAAACCUUCCAGCCAUCAAGAGCCAGAAAAACAAAAUAUACAAGAGAGAACACGAUGGCUCAAACCAUGGUGCUCAUGUCUGGUGUCUCUACGAGGCAAGUGGUGGAUUUGAAGAGAGACCCUUUACUUCAGUUUCAAGUUCAGAGACUAAGGCCUGCACCAUUCUCUCGUCUUCUCUACAAUCCUCUUCCUAGCAAAGCUUCUUCAUCCAAUGCUUUCACUACGCUUGCUCUCUUCAAACCCAGAACCAAGGCGGUUCCCAAGAAGGCUGCUCCACCACCGAAGCCAAAGGUUGAAGAUGGUAUUUUUGGUACCUCUGGUGGCAUCGGUUUCACUAAGCAGAAUGAGCUCUUCGUGGGACGUGUUGCCAUGAUUGGAUUUGCUGCAUCGUUGUUGGGAGAGGCAAUAACAGGAAAAGGAAUUCUAUCUCAGCUGAACCUAGAGACUGGAAUUCCCAUUUACGAAGCAGAACCACUUCUUCUUUUCUUCAUCCUUUUCACUUUGCUUGGAGCCAUUGGAGCUUUGGGUGAUCGUGGCCGCUUCGUUGAUGACCCAACAACCGGCAUUGAAGGUGCUGUGAUCCCUCCAGGAAAAAGCUUCAGGGCAGCAUUGGGUCUCAAGGAGGGAGGUCCUCUAUUUGGAUUUACAAAAUCCAACGAGCUUUUCGUGGGGAGAUUGGCUCAGCUGGGCAUCGCUUUCUCUUUAAUUGGAGAAAUCAUAACUGGAAAGGGAGCUCUAGCACAGCUCAACAUCGAGACAGGGAUUCCAGUCAAUGAAAUUGAACCACUUGUGUUGUUCAACGUUCUCUUCUUCUUCGUUGCCGCAUUGAAUCCUGGGACCGGGAAAUUCGUGACCGAUGAGGAUGAAGAGUAGAUGAGCUAUUAUGUCUUGUAAAAUCCUCCGUUGAUGUUUACUUAGAAACUAGCGCCGUCUCUCUAUCUCUGUUUCUUGCAUGAACAAACAACAAUUGCCCUCUUCAUUGGAAACAUGAUUUUCUUCUGCUCUCAUGAGUAGCAUCCAAA